UACGCGCCGUCUUAGCAAAACGUAACCCACGCGUAGAGUGGCGAUCAGGUGCAAGCGUCAUGCAUCGCUCACAAAGGCAGGUAGCGAGCGAGUGCAGGACGCAGCCCGGGUUUCGAUGCCCAGGAUCCGCUCACGUAGCCCCAGCCGCCCGCUAACCGUGAGCCUCCAAAGGCAGCUGAAGGAGGAUCGUCGCGAUCUAGAAGUGCAGGCAGAGCGCCGGGUGGCCCCCCCCUCGCCCCCCCCCGGUCUGGCUGAGUGUUGCCGGGUCCUGUAUGGGAGCCCGUGCGGGGCUGUGCCGGAGACCCCGCGCUGCCUGCACCUCUAUCAUCUCGGUUGACAUGGAUGAUGAAGAUGGAAGGUGCCUGUUAGAUGUUAUUUGUGACCCUCAGGCACUCAACGAUUUCUUGCACGGAUCAGAGUCGCAGCUGGACAGUGAUGAUCUCUUGGGGGGUUCAGGGGACCCCGCUGCCUCCUUCUUUGUGGGCUCCGUGCACCACAUCCAGGAGCCACGCUGCUCUACCCACCUGUUAGCCAGCGAGCCCUCGUCCGCGCCCAGCGCCAGCGUGGACCUCGACUUCCUGGAGGAUGAUGACAUCCUGGGCUCUCCGCACGGGGGGGGCGUGCCCGGCUCGGACCAGCCCUGUGACAUCCUGCAGCAGAGCCUGGCCGAGGCUAACAUCACAGAGCAGAGCCUGCAGGAGGCUGAGGAGGAGCUGGACCUGGGGGCCUUCGGGCUGCCCAACCUCCCCGAGGGGACCCCUGCCCCCCAAGGUCUGCCCCCCCUCACCACCCCUCAAGGUCUGGUGAACAAAGCGAUAAACAUGCAGCCGUUCAUGCAGCAAAUGGGGCUGGGGAACGUCACCCUGCAGUCCCUCCAGGGGCUCCAGGCCCUGCCCAACGGGGGCUCGGGAGUCGGGGGACCCCUCGGCGGACCUCUGGGGAUCAGCCAGAUUCAAGUGGUGGGCCAGCAGGUGAUGGCUAUUCACCAGACUGGGCAGCCCGUCCUGACCAAGUCUAUGGGCGGCUACCAGCUGGCCCCCCAGCACUGCGCCCCCCAGCCGCCGGACUCACUGCAGCCUCUCCAGGGCAAGCCCCCCGGGGGGGCCCUGAAUGGGGGCUUCGGGAACGGGCCAGGCCCCCCCUCCCAGGGCGGGACGACGGUGCAGUGUGGCUCCGUCCUGCAGCCCCAGAACGUCAUGAUCCAGCGCACGCCCACCCCCAUCCAGCCCAAACCCCCCACCGGGGGGGUGAUCCAGCCCAAGAUCUACCAGCUCUCCCCCAAGACCAGCUUCUCGGCUGGGGGGGCAGGGCAGGGGGGCCAGGCUGGCACCCAGGGGGCGGUUCCGCUCUCCGCUCUGCAGGGGGAGGGUGGGCAGAAGCAGCAGAAUGUAGCUUUCGUGGCAGGCAAACCGGGCCAACAGAACUUGGUGAUUUCCUCCCCAGGAGGGGCAUUCCCUCAAGCCUUGUCUGCCACCAUGUUCAAACACCACCAGGGUCUCCAGCAGCAGCAGAACCAGAGCCAGAACCAGAACCAGAACCAGAGUCAGCAGCAGCAGCAGCAGCAGCAGCUGAGCAAACCCCUGAGCCUUCAUCUCCUCAACCAGGCUAGCAGCAUCGUCAUCCCGUCCCAGGCCAUGCUCCAGGGGCAAGGCUCCUUCCUCCUGCCCCCGCACCUCUCCUCCGCCCUGCAGGGGGGGGGCCAGAUCCUCGCCCAGCACCCCGGCGGGGGCCACAUCAUCGCCAGCCAGGGCCCCGGCGGGCAGCUGAUCGCCAACCAGAUCCUCUCCAACCACCAGGGCCUGGCCGGACAGCUCAACCUGGGGCAAGUGCUGGCGUCGCAGGGACCCCAGGGCCACAUCCAGCUGUCGGGCCCCAUCCAGCUGCAAGGGGGGGGCCAGGUGGGGGCCCACGCUUUGUUCCAGAUGCCAGUGUCGCUGGCGGGGGGCGCCCUGCAGACUCAGACUCAGUCAGGGGGGGCUGUGAUCCAAGCUCUGCCUAGCCCGGCACUGACUGUCCUCAACCAGCCACCGGAGCCCAGUGGUCAAGCGCUCGUAUCCCGGCAACAGCAACAACACCACCAGCGAUCUGAUUCCGGGCUGGCUGGGCUAUUGACCGGCAGCAGCAGUGAACAGCAGACCCAGCCUCCACCCCCUCCUCCUCCCCCUCCUCCUCCUCCUCCCCCUCUCCCUCCCUCUAUAUUGACAGUACAGACCUCUUCCGGCACUCCUUCCCCCUCUCCUUCUUCAUCUGCUGUGGCAUUGUCCUCCUCCUCCUCCUCCUCCUCCUCCUCCUCUCAGCCCCUCCAGAUCUCCGCUGUGCACCUCCAUCACCACCAGCCCCCCUCCCUGCACAGCCCCGGCCAGAUCAUCAUCAGCCAGCAGGGGGCAGGCAUGGUCCUCAGCCAGGAGUCAGUGCAGCUGUUCCUCCAACAGCAGCAGCAGGCUCUCUUCCAGGCAGCAGAGAAAGGUGUAAGCCCUGCCUCCAGCUGCGUCCCCGCCUCUGUCAUCGUCAGCAGCAGUUCUGACCCCUCCCCCUCCAGUCGGGAGAGCCUAUCAGACGAGGCCAGACCUGGACAAGUCUCCGCCUCCUCCUUUGGCUCUCCACACACUCUGGUGUAUCAGAUUUCCUCGACAGGACAACAGCAGCAGUCCAAGCCCCUGGGCGCCUCUCCCUCCCACACUCUACCUCACCCCCCACUCCCUACGGCUCCAACAGCCCCCAGCUCCCCCCCCCUCAUCCGCCCCGCCCCCCUCGGGGGGGAGCCCCCUUCCACCUCGGGAAUGCCACGCAGCCCCCCCUCUUCGGUCAUCCAGCCUUUUGAACCACCCGGGGGGAGGUCCCCCAACCCCACACCCCAACCCAGGGUUGCAGCAAGGGGUCGCCGCUGGCCCCAAGCCUCGGCACAGUCCCCAGUCGUGAGACCCCACUCCCAGUCUCCCUUCCAGCUGCCCCCCGCUUCCCAGCCAGAGCGCCGGGCAAUAGAGUCCCCUCAGCCUCUGCACCUGCAGUCCCCAGAGAGCAGGGCAGGGCUGGCUGUGCCCGUGGGACAUUACCAGUUUCAUUUCCAGCAGCCAAUGCAGCAGCAGAGUCCAGGUUUGGGGCUCCAGGCUCAGAGCCCUGCUGCCCCCCCUCCCAUACAGACCCUGCAGAUGACCGUGGAGCAGCAGCAGAACCUGCAGCUGGUGGGGGCUCAGCUACAGACCCUGUCGACCAUCGCACAGCCCUCCCUGCAGCAGAGGCAGCUGCUGGACAAACUGCUCCAGAUUCAACACAACAUCAUCCUUCAGGCGAAGCAGCAGACCCUGUCCUCAAGCCAGGCGCUGACCCGGUCCGGUUUGACUCAGUUCAGCAGCACCCCCCAGCCCUCAGUGCUGGUCAGCCAGCAAGCCCCUCCCCCUGUCUCUAUCGCCCCGCCCAGCAGCCAGGCCAAGCCGCCGCCUCCUCAGCCAGACCCCGCCCACUCUGCUGCCAUGACCUCACAGGGGGCGGGGCCUCCCGCACAGCUGGCCUCUCUGCUGCAGCAGACUUCUGUGGUGGUGAAGACGCCAGGGACUGGUUCCGGGGUCUCUCCUGCGAUGCAGAGCGAAGGAAAGCCGUUCCCCUCAGGGGGGGUGCAGAUCAAACAGAGGGAGCCCCUCCCAGUCCCACAGACCAUGCAGGGACAGCCCGGGGUGAUCAGCUCAGUGGGGGGUCUCGGUCUGUCGAAGGGGGAGCUGCAGAUGCAGGUUUUGGGGGCGGGGGUCCCCCAGAUACUGCACACAGCUUCCAUGCAGACACAGCCCCAGCUGGGAUCCGUGACGACGCCCUUCUCUGCACUGCCCAGUAAAGAAGAUCGGCUGCUGGAGCAGCUCCGCAGACAGCAGGGGGCAGUGUUGCACCCCGAUUACCAGUCUCCCUUCAGCACCUUCGGGGAUGCGCUGCAAAGAUUGCUCCCCUACCACCUUUACCAGGGGACCCCCUGCUCGGGCAAGGACUACACCAGAGUGGAUGAGGAGUUUGAGAGUGUCUCUUUUCAGCUUCUGAAACGCACUCAGGCCAUGCUGAACAAAUACAGACUGCUGCUGUUUGAGGAGUCCAGGCGCCAGGGCCCCUCUGCAGAGAUGGUGAUGAUUGACAGAAUGUUUAUACAGGAAGAGAAGACGGCUCUAUCUCAGGACAAAGUGCUGGUCAAGGAGAGACCAGACGAGUACGUUCUUCCUUCCUGCGUCACACAGGGCCUCUCUACCUCCUCCUCCCACCUGCGGCCACCUGCCUCUUCCAGCUCCCCCUCAGGCUGCUCCACAGCCCCGCCUCCCACGACACAGGCCCCGCCCUUAAUCACGCCCACCAAGCUGGUCAUCAAACACGCCGGGGGGGCGUCGCCCUCGGUCUCCUGGGCCCGGGCCGCGCCCCCUCCCUCUGUGACAUCGCCGGGGGGCGGGGACGCGGAUUCCUUGCCCUCCCGGAGCAGCAGACCCCCGAUGAAGACCUACGAAGCUCGCAGGAGGAUCGGGCUGAAGCUGAAGAUCAAGCAAGAGGCCGGCUUGAGCAAAGUGGUGCACAACACGGCGCUGGACCCCAUUCACACCCCCCCUAGCACCCCCAAAACGGACACGCCUGGCAGCUCGGUCAUCCAGGCCGUCAGCAGCACGACCGCCCCCGGGCCCCUCCCCAGCCAGCCCUUUCCUCCCACGGCGUCCACAGCGACCGGCACGCCCACGGUGAUCACAGCCAAUCAGGUGAAUGGAACCCUGGGCCACCCGGUGGACAGGAAGCAGCCCACGCCCACUUCCUGCCGACUCCCGCUGCGCAAAACAUACCGGGAGAAUGUCUGUCCCGGCGGGGCGGAGCAGAAAUGGGGCGGGGGAGCGGGGGGAACACAGCAGCAAGCGUUAUUGGAGGAGGAGGAGGAGGAGGGGGGAGAGGAGGAGAGAGGAGGAGGAGGAGGAGGAGGAGGGUUCGAGAGGGGCAGAACUGUCAUUGCCAGAGUGAGGCUGGAGAAGAAAGGGAGGAGCCCCAGGAACGAGGCUCUGAUAUUCGGGAAGGAUCGGGAGAGAGCCGUUCCCAAGCGGGAGGAGCUGAAGCAGCUUCCCGGAGCAGAGGAGGAAUUUUACAGGGGAGCGAUCAAGCAGGAGCCCCCAGAGCACUACAGCCCAGUAGGGGGCCUCUUAAACACACAUCCAGGCUUCUCCGGCCCUGCCAGGGCUCGGGGAGCGGGACUGGGGGGGUCCCCCGAGGGGGAGGGGGGGGGCAGCUCGUGGGACAGCCCCUUCUCCAGCGCGGCCAAGCGGCGCAAAUCGGAGUCUCUUGACGUGGACAACGCCAGCUUCUCCAGCGGCAGCCCCCCCCAGGACGACACUCUCAACGAACACCUGCAGAGCGCCAUCGACUCCAUCCUGAACCUGCAGCAGGGACAGGGGCCCUCCAGAGCCCAGCCUGGCCCCUGCAGGGGCCCCUCGAACACACACAGGCAGCAGCAGCAGCAGCAGCAGCAGCCAGCUGCAGAGCCCGCUUUCCCCCCAAGGAGCCGCAAUGGAGGAGUGGGCAAGGCAAGGACGUAUAAUAGAUAACAGAGGCGCUAGGGGGUGGGUCUGUCUGUCCGUCCGUCUGUCUGACUGACGGGCUGGCGGACUGUCUCUCUAGAACUGCAGAUUUAACUCUGUCAGGUUGCUUUGUUUAUGAUGACGACGGCGUCACUGAACUGAGGAAUUCCAGGAUCCUGUGUCAUGGUUUUUUUUUUUUUUUUUUUUUUUCCUUCUCGUUCUGCUUCAAGACUGAAGAACUGGACUGGGAGGGACGCGCGCGCGCACACACACUUGUCCGCAGCACGUUGUGUAAAUUGGUGUGGAGUGCAUUCUGUUUUUCCCCAGAACUCUUUCUGCUGUUUACUUUUGUUCAGUUAAAAAGUCCAAUUUUUAUUUUGUGUUCCUAUGUGUUGCUACAACUGUGUAAGUAAGCUGUGUGUGUAUUGUUUAAAUUUCUGAUGUAUUAAUUAUAUAUAAUUUUACAUUUUGACCAUUGUUUUUAACUUUUAAAUUGCAUUCCACUGCCUCGAGAUAUCGUCCCAUGUACUCACAUGGACCUCUGUCAGAACCACAUUUCCCAUCAUCCUCCUACUCACAUAU